AAAAAUCUCUCUCCGUCAAGCCUGGCGUGGAGUUUUUUUAAUUUAUUAUUCUCUUCAAGGCACGAAUUUGCCAGUGACACCUCACGUGAACCUCCUUCAAUUUCGCGCACUAAUCCUAAAAGAAGGCAUGAAGUGUUAAAUGUUAGAAACACACAGAACUGCCUGCAGACAAGGAGAGAGAGGGCGAAAAACGAGAGAGCGACGCACGCGCUGUUCUAGUGCGUCUGUGCAAACACUGCGUUAAAGAGAGAGAGAGAAAAAAGAUCCAAUUUCAAAAACCAAAAACGUGCGCAGCACAAUUAGGCUAGAAAACCCCUUGUUUUUUCCACAUUUUUUUUUAAAUAAAAUAAAUAAAGAAAUCAAGCUGGCUCAGUGCGUGUCACCGCAGCCCGCUUUGACAGGUGCUGCUCAACCCGUUUGGAGGACUGCUGUCAGCAGCAGCAAAAGGAUGGCAUCAGAACUGGCAAUGAGCAACUCCGACCUGCCCACCAGUCCCCUGGCCAUGGAAUAUGUUAAUGACUUCGAUCUGAUGAAGUUUGAAGUGAAAAAGGAGCCGGUGGAGCCGGAUCGCAGCAUCAGCCAGUGCAGCCGUCUGAUCACCGGGGGAUCCUUGUCUUCCACCCCGAUGAGCACGCCUUGCAGCUCGGUUCCCCCUUCCCCAAGCUUUUCGGCGCCCAGUCCGGGCUCCGGGAGCGAGCAGAAGGCUCACCUGGAGGAUUUUUACUGGAUGAGCGGCUACCAACAGCAGCUGAAUCCCGAAGCGCUGGGCUUCAGCCCCGAAGACGCGGUAGAGGCGCUGAUCAGCAGCAGCCACCAGCUCCAGUCCUUCGAUGGCUAUGCUAGAGGGCAGCAGUUUGCCGGAUCGGCCGGGGCAGGUGGCGGCAUGGCCGGGGAAGAGAUGGGCUCAGCAGCCGCUGUGGUAUCGGCUGUUAUCGCUGCAGCAGCAGCGCAGAACGGAGGUCCCCACCACCACCACCACCAUCACCACCACGCCGGGGGACACCACCCCUCCACCGGGGUCCCGUCCAACGCUAGCUCGGCGGCCAGCCACCAACACAUGGGACACCUGGACCUGGACGACCGGUUUUCGGACGACCAGCUGGUGACCAUGUCAGUACGGGAGCUGAACCGACACCUCCGCGGGGUCAGCAAAGAGGAGGUGAUCCGGCUGAAACAGAAGAGGAGGACCCUAAAGAACAGAGGCUAUGCCCAGUCAUGCCGCUACAAGCGGGUCCAGCAGAGACAUGUUCUGGAGGGUGAGAAGACGCAGCUGGUCCAGCAGGUGGACCACCUCAAGGCGGAGAUGUCGCGACUGGCCAGGGAGAGGGACGCAUACAAGGACAAGUACGAGAAGCUCAUCACCAACGGCUUCAGAGAAAACGGAUCCAGCAGUGACAACACCCCCUCAUCCCCAGAGUUCUUCAUGACGUCGAGAAAGUUCCUCCAUCUGUGAUAGUGACCCCUGAACCCUGCCCCCUGACCCUUGACCUGGAGUCUGAGAAACCAUGACAGAGGAAUGGUGAUGUCUUACCAACGUCGCUUCAUGGCACCGGACUGCGACAAAGCACAACGUCCACACAACGUCUCCAAACCACCCAUAAACCAACCAACAGUCCCUGUACAGAAGUCCAGACAGACCCAGUCACCCAACACUUUGUCUUUCAUGACGAGAUUAUUGACAGAAACAAAUGAUAACAAAACCUAACACCCAAGAAAAAGACUUCAUGUUUGAUUCAACUACUAAAACUCCUGGAUUCCCUCGUCCUCUGGCAUCACCAGUAGCUACGGACGCAAUUCUGACUCAACAUGACAAAGAUACCGUACCUCCUCAUUGUAAAUAGCAUUUUGUAGAGUAUUCUAUGUAAUAAUAUGUAGGUUGGAGGUCUUUAACUGUAGACGGAUACUGUAGAGGAGAGAAGCGAUGACAGUGAGUCCCAUUUAGCCCAUGAUGUGAAUGUAAAUAAUAUACAGUAGGGCCUCGUAUGAAACAAAACUACUGUGUCUGUAUAUAGCCACGAAACCACACCUCUAUGUAUAUAGGCAUUACAUUAUACCUCCUUAUUUCCCCUACCCCCCUUCCAUCCCCCUAAACUAGCACAAUGAUACUCACCACUCCCUAUAUCUCUGUAGACAGACAUAGAAUAGAUAUAUACAGGAGGAGACUAGAGACACAGAGGGAAGAUACACAGUGUGUGAUGCAGGUGGCAACACACUGGAGUGAAAAACACAGGCCCACUUUGGCUGGAACUGGUGAACUCUCCCUGCCACAAAGACGGUCAGAGGGGAUGUGUUGCCCCUCAGACCGUCUCCCUUCUCCUCUCCCUUUAGUGUUAAACUUCCACAGUUCAACCUGUAGCCACAGUGUAGCUAUUAGAUAAGAUGAAUUUGUACAUGUAUUUUACUGCUUAGUGAAGUGACGGGUCCAGUUGAAAAGUUUGGCAGCUUUCUACACUCAAUGUACAAACUUGAUUGGUUUUCAUCUCACUCCCUCCCCCUCCAUUCCUGAUUGGCUAGUCCUCCUCGCUCCUCUAGUCCUGAUGAGGCUGUUGAUAGUCAGUGGGAAUGUCCAUCAGACAGCCUGUUGGCCCGAAGGCCUCUCUGAGACCAGGCGCUCGCUUAGCUCCCACAGGCUGGCUGCAGUGGCCUGGUCUUCGGCCUGAGGGGAGGGUAAGCAGCAGAAACAGUUGUUGAAGUACAUGCCUCCAAAACCCUCCAGCUCCGGAGCUACUGCACAGUAUACUGUGGUGGCUGACCCCUGUUGCUGUGAACUCACAGACAGAGAGAAAGAGUGAGAGAGAGAUACACACACAACAUGGAGGACCCUGAUCAACAUUAUCUUUGUGGGAGGAGAGGACCAUCAAAGAGAUACACAGAAACCCUCCCGUCUGCCAAGAGACAAAUGAGAUCCUGCCACUCUAAAGAUGCUGCCAAGACCUCCACCAGGAUAAACACACAUCUGGACUCAGCGACCCCCCCCCCCCCCCACCAUCUUUCCUGCAUGACCCCAGAGCAUCUGUACGAGACAGAGGAGGAACUCCAUACAAAUGGAGAGAGACAGAUAGAGAUAUCGGAGAGGAUAAACCCCAGAGACACCCCUCUCUGCCACAGCCCAUAAUGAUGGGACAGUGUUACCAUGGGGACCAUGGCCCUGUAUAUAUAUUUAUAUACAUAUAUUUAUUUCUAUAUUGUGUGUGAACAGGACUGCUAACUAUCCAGAGUGCAUGCUGAUGUAUAUGUGGUAAAUACAAUGCUAACUGUCCACAAAACAGCACAGAUCUCCGCAAAAAAAAAAAAUACAAUUUUAGAACGCCACAAUCUCCACGGGAUGGUGACGACUGUUCAUUCAAAUUUAAAGCAAAACACACCAAAAUAUGUUGGACUUGCAAUCUCUAUAGCUGCAAUAUUUGGAUGUUAUUUUGUGGAGGUUUGCGCACCGCAAGGGCUGUUUUCUGGACAGAAGAUGUGGCCCACGGUGUUCUAGACUGGGGAGGAGGGAGCAGCUCUUCUCAUUGGAGUGGAGAGCCAGAGGGUUCUAUAAAUAGACUGUAUAAGAGAACAUACAGUAUAUAUGUGAUGAUUACACAUCUGUUUAUGUUCACAUCAUCUAGGGAUUCAUGAGGGAAGUCAGACAUUUAGCUUUUAUUUCAGAGGUUUGCCAGGGUAAAGAGAGGUAUACACCCCUUAAGAGUAAUAUGUUGAGAAUAGUGCUCUUGUAAACACACACACACACACACACACACACACACACACACACACACACACACACACACACACACACACACACACACACACACACACACACACACACACACACACACACACACACUAUAUACAUGCAUACACAUACUCGUAAACCCCACUGCCCCUUACCCGUCUCUCUUCUCUCUCUUAAAAGGAGCAGACAACCCUCCCUACCCUAUACUCUCUAAUUAAGUGGGAAAUUACUUCUGUAUUUCUCAGUUUAACAUCUCAAAUCCAGUAUUCCGUAGUCUGUAGUCAAACUGUACUGAGACAUGCCUCCCUAAUUACCGUCACAGUCGGUAAUUAGGAGCGGAGAGGGGGAACGAGAAGGAGAGAGAGAGCGACAGGAAGAGAGAUUCCACAGCAUUUGAAACAGACGUCAGAGAGAAUUACAGCCAGAAGUCAGGCACUCAGAGGGAUCUUUCAUAUAGCCCUGCUGCUGGCUAAAAGCUGCUGUGACGUUGUGAGAAGAGAAGAGACUGUUCCGGAGCUGACUUGUAUAGACACACAUUAAAUAGUUAUCCCUGGCUCACUGCUAUUUAUCUACAAAUGAGACUGGUGGAGAGCACUGAUGAAAGACUGCAGAGCACUGUUUAGUGCAGUGCACUGGCACAGCAGCAAAAGCCUGUACACACACACACACACACACACACACACACACACACACUAAUAUACACCCACUUCAAAGGCCCAGCCUCAUUGAGACUCGUUUUAGCAUCAGCAGUCCAAGCUGGCAGAGCUUAACACAGGAAUAGACACACAUACUGGAAAAUGCCCAAACUGCUCCGGCGCGCACACACACUGACACUCAUUAAAAUCUAGAAAGACACACUCUCACACACACCCAUUCACAGAAUAAAGUGCAUGCACACUUACACACUCUCAUUGAGAAAUACAGACACACUAAACAAACUUCCUACUCAGUGUUGGUAGUAGCAGAUUGAGGCAGUUAGAAACAGCAGAUGAAACAACUCUAUCUCUCUGCUGUCUCCCUCCCUGCCAGCACCCUGAUAACUCUACACACCUCACAGGACUGGCAUAUCAAAGGCUUACAAAUGUCAGUCAGUGUCUAACAGACACCCAGACCCAGACAUGCACACUUCAAAAGCAGGGUGGCACAUCAUUUAGCUAACUCUCAUUUUAAGGUAUUUGCUUUAGAGACCUACACACAAACUCAUUGGAAGAUGGAAUAUAUUUGCCUGCUCAUUUCACUCUGCUUCCAAGGUCCUCGUUUUCACACUGUUUUAGGUCAAGGGUGGUCAAGCAAUACAUUGGAAUGAUUUACACCUGACCUGAAAAUACUACACUGCACAGCUGUGGACUCUGUGUGCUCUGAGGGAAACUGUGCACACAGCAGAGAGAAAGGGAGGGAAGGAGAAUUGAGGAGAGAGUGAGUGUGUGUACACAGGGGUUAUCUUCUUGGUGUUUAGCGCUGCCCUCUCACUACUUGACCUGGUGACCCCUGUAAUAGAUAAACCUGAUGAGAUUAGACAUUAACAAGCUGAACCACCCACCACCAGUGUCUGUCUGUCUGUCUGUCUGUCUGUCUGUCUGUCUGUCUGUCUGUCUGUCUGUCUGUCUGUCUGUCUGUCUGUCUGUCUGUCUGUCUGUCUGUCUGUCUGUCUGUCUGUCUGUCUGUCUGUCUGUCUGUCUGUCCGUCCGUCCGUCCGUCCGUCCGUCUGUCUGUGUCUAUCUAUCACAGGAAGAGAGAGAGAGCAGGAGAAUGGGCUGGGUCAAAGACAUGCACACACAAACCUCACAGAAACCUCACACAAACUUCACACUCACGCACACACUCACACACACGCACGCACACACACGCUCUCUGAUUUAAACACUCUUAUACACUCUCACAGACACACCCACUCAUUCACUCCAGACAUGUACAGUAACCCAACAGAUGUGUUGUAUAAUCAUGUAAAUUAUAGAUAAUACCUUUACAAUUUAGGAGUUGACCAACCAAUGUCUCUUUCUGUUUUUCUACUAGUAUCUUGUCAAUGUCAAUUCUGAUUCUGAAAUACACAGUUUUACAGAGAAAUGGCUCCGUUUUCUUAGGGUUGUUAUGUUCCUGUUAGACCGACCUGACCACCACACACUGGUGAGUGGAGAGGAGAGGGUUACACCAACUGUCCCCUAGACAGUACACAAAUAACCAGAACUGAAAAGAGGGAAAAGGGAGAAGACUAAAAUCACUCCCACAAUAUGCUAAAAAUGUAGCAGGGUCCUAGCCAACCAGAGCGUCUCCAAUACAUUUACACACACAGAGACCCAACCUCUGCAUAGGGAGAAUCUAUAUGCUUUAAGAGAUGGAAAAACAGGCACUAAAUCAGCAGUAGUAACCUGACCCUGUCUGGCCAGAACCCUCACUGCUCUGGAAACUGGUCCCGGAUCACAUUUAUGUCUUCCAAUUUUCAAAAUAAUGAAAAUAUACUUUGGAAAGUAUUGUGCAACAUUUAACGGUUAAACAGCCACAAUUCGUGCCUCCCGAGUGGCGCAGCGGUCUAAGGCACUGCAUCACAAUGCUAGAGGCAUCAGUACAGAUCCGUGUUCGAUCCCGGGCUGCAUCACAGCCGGGAGACCCAUGUGGCGGCACACAAUUGGCCCAGCAUUGUCCGAGUUAGGGGAGGGUUAGGCCGGCUGAUAUGUCCUUGUCCCAUCGUGCUCGAGAGACUUCUUGUGACGGCCGGGCACAUACACGCUGACUUUGUUCGCCAGCUGUAUGGUGUUUCCUCCGACACAUUGGUGCGGCUGACUUCCGGGUUAAGCGAGCAGUGUGUCAAGAAGCAGUGUGGUUUGGCGGGGUCAUGUUUCGGAGGACGCAUGGCUCUCAAGCUUUGCCUCUCCCGAGUCCAUACGGGAGAUGCAGCAAUGGGACAAGACUGUAACUACCAAUUGGAUACCAGGAAAUUGUGGAGAAAAGAGGGUUAGUUUUCUUUCCUCCAAAAACAGCUAAAGGUGUAUUGAAAAGCAAGGUAGAAGAGAGAACAGAGAUAGUAGUGUUGAAGCAGUUUACUGUAUCUCAGUUAUUUGGCAUUAUCUUCAUAGUAUAACAUGUUACUGUGGUGAUCUUUAACCAUGUCCAAUCACUCUGCUUGUAUACUACAACAAUAAUAAAACAAGCAUUGUGCUAUUUGUUAGCAUAGGGGUAUUGUACCAGAGAAAAAAAACAGGUCUGAAAAAACAUGUUUUCUUUCUGCCUCUUCAAGGUUGUGCUCUGUCAUUCUGUCUCUGAUAAUAUGUGUGACACUUUACCCAGAUGUCUGUAGUUAUGUAAUUGACCUCUAACCCCUGACCCCUGACCUGUAAAUACACCCAGUACUGUAGAGCAGUCUGUUUUUGUCCCAUCCCGUCCUGUCCUGUCCUGUACAUAAGAACAUGUAAAUAUCAAACAGCUAUGCAUGCUGAAACUCUAGCACUUCUUUCAGGUACUUUUAUAAUCCCAAACUUCUCAUAUGGCAUGUGCUGAAAAUCAACUAUUAAAAAAAAGUCAUUCAAAAAAUGAAAAGAGAAUAAUAAAAAAGAACCAGACGAUGAUAUCCUGGACAACGUGUAAAGUCUUACAGUUUUCUUACUCCUGUGGGUGGUUCUCUUCUGUUCCUUUAACUGUCAUUCUUACUGUGGUCGAACCGUUCUGGUCAAGGUUCUGUUCAGUUGUGUUGAUGUGGGAAGGGCUAAAGCACAGCAGAGAGGCAAAUCCAAUCUGUACAGUGUUACCAACUAAAGCCUGGUGAAGUGGUUGCGUCCACAACUAUCGCCGGAGAGCAUACUCCUUUCCUCUGGUGAAGGGAGCAGACAGGGGAAAUGGAUUGCGGUGUGGUCUUGUUCUUUUUUUAUAGAUCAAGAAUUGGAACUGUGUAGGCUACAGAACAAGCUUACAUGAUAAAAGGGUCACUGAAACUAGGACCAGUAUAUGAGAUUUGCCUCAGCCCUUGGACCCAGUCUGUCUGAGAUAACAGUCUAACAUGAAGAUCUAUCUAUGCCAUGAAGGAGAAGAUAGGACUCCAACAGGACUGUGUGCUUUUGUUGAUCCUUGUGGAAUGUUUAUUUCCAACCCCCUGGCGUUCACAAUAGAUGGAAGUGUGUGAUUGUUAAUCUGUGCUAAAGAUAUUUUACAUUUAAUAAAUUAUCAUUGUA